AAAAAUUAUACGAAGAAGAAUCUGUUUAUCUGUGGAAAAUAUCAUGUGAGUGAUUUUUUUUUCGAUAGAAAUUGUUUUUCCCUUGUGGACGCAGAAUUAUGGGCGAAGGACCUUUCCACCACACAACCGCUCCAGAAAAAGAGAAAUCUCAAACAGAUGAAGAUAAUGUUGAUGCAGAAUUGGAGACAUUACAGGGCGCCAUUACAGAAACUUUGGAAAUUCACGACCAGGUUAACGAUUGUAACGAAGAAUUGACCCCCGAAGAAUUUCAACAUUUGGAUAAACAAUUGGAUGAUUUAUUCAUAGCGCUGGAUGAUAUAGAAUCCAAAAAUGAUAAUAUCCACGCCCAACUUUUGCAGCUACUACACUCUAACAGGGAAAUAAGGCAGCAAUUGCAACAAUACCAAAAUUUAGAAGUGGAUAACUCUGAUAAGCAAAUUACAGAGGGCCAAAAUUAAUUACAUUUAACCAUUCCUUUGUUGUGUGUUAUGUUUUAUUUGAUUUUCAUUUUAGAUAUUGAUAUAUUUUUUAAAUAAAAUUUUAUAGAUGCCUUA